AUGGACGAUCUAUCUACUUCAGGAAAACCCUUCAAGAACCAAUGUGUGGGGACUGAUGAACUGAAACAGAAUUCUUAUUCUCUUACAGUACCAGCUACAAAGAGAAUCGUCCUCGUUGGAAAAACGGGAGUUGGAAAGAGUAGCCUGGCUAACACCAUAUUUGGAGAGGCCAUAUUCCAAAUAAAUCACCUCAAUGGCUUGACAAAUAAUUGCUCUCAAGCUGAAACCAAAUCUGUCAAUGGUAGAAGCAUCAAUCUGAUCGACACUCCUGGUUUCUUCGAUGCUGAAAGGUCUGAGGAAGAAAAUAAGCCUGAGAUGGUGAGGUGUAUCACAGAGUGCGCUCCUGGGCCCCAUGCUUUUCUCAUUGUGCUGAAAAUGGAGAAGUUCACCGAGCAUGAAGGGGCUGUCAUUGCAAAAAUAUGUGAUUUUUUCUCUGAGGACGCUCUCAAAUAUGCUGCAGUUGUCUUCACUCACGGUGACCAGCUCCCUGAAGGAAUGAAAAUCAAAGAGUACGUCGAACAAAGUGGAGGUCUGAGUGAUCUGGUCAAGAAGUGCGGAGGCCGGUGCCACGUCGUUGACAAUAAAUACUGGAAGGCCAACGAAGACGACGAAUACAGAAGUAACCAGUUCCAGGUGGCAGAACUGCUCAACACCAUAGAUGAGAUAGUGAGGGAGAACAACGGAGACUUCUACACCAAUGAAAUGCUACAGGAAGUAGAGAAAGCAAUACAGAAAGAGGAAGCGCGCAUCAAAAAGUCAUCGGGAAGCAUCUCACAGGAAGAGAUCAGGAGGCAGGCAAAAAGCAACGUCUUUACGAUCAUGACAGAAAAAACACCAAAAAGGUGGAUCAGAGGUUUAGUGGGUUUUGCGGUCAUUGCAGGAAUACUUGCUGCUGUCUUGGCUGCGUUCAUCAAUUUUAAAGCUGGGAGGGGGACGACGGAAGCAGAGGCAGUCGAAGAUGUCAUUCAACCCAUUGUGGAGAUUACACCAAUAAGGGAAGAUUUCAUCGACACAUGGAAGGUCAACGGGAAGAAAAGACAGACCUAG